AUGUCGAAUCAGGUCAUGGGAUUCAUCUCCAACGCUCCGCUCGGGCCGAGUAAGGAGAAGGAUUUCUCCCGGAUAAUGAGUCCAGAGAAGUUGGUACGACGGAGGUUUGGGGGAACGGAGAGACGGAGAGGUCGGAGAAGAGAGAAGAGAAAGCGGAGACAGGAGACGGGAGACGGGAAACAAGAUAAGAAAGGGAGUUUGAUUCGGAGUUUGGGACUUUGUCGAGAGAAACGGGAAGUAUGUGGAGCAACGGCGAAGACAGGAAGUAAAAAGACGGAUGGAAGACGAAGGAAGAAGAGAAAGGAGACGGCAUGGAGAGGCGCGCGUCGUAAAGAAAAAAUAGUGAAGAGAUUCCGAAUGAGAAAGCAAAGCAAUGCAGAUGAUAAGGAAUUCCAGCCAUGGGAAGUGGACGAGGGCUUCAGAGAAACGAAAAAGAAAACGCGAUGGAGGGAAGAAAACGAAACGAAAGGGAAAGGAAAAUGA